GUCCGGGUGUCUUAACUGAGAAGCCUACCAGUGAAAAAUAUUUUCCUUAUUGACACGCGUUUUUAAGCCACAGGACCAAGUUUUAGUGUAUAGUGUACAAGUGUUUCAUGCCUCUAUACACUAGAAUGUCGAAAUAUAUUUUUCUUAUAAUUGCAUGUGCUGUAAUUACUAUAAAUGCUCAAAAGUUUGAAUGCCCAAAGAGCAGGGGUCAGUUUGAAGAUCCUGUACAGUGUGAUAAAUAUUAUAUAUGCGAAGACGGAGUAGCAACGGAAAAGUACUGUCCCGAUGGGUUAGUGUUUGAUCCUACCAAUAAACUGAUCAACAAAUGUGACCAACCGUUCAGUGUGGACUGUGGCGACCGUCUUGAGUUACAGGAGCCCCAAGGUACGUCCGACUAUUGUCCACGAAAAAAUGGGUUUUUCAGUCACCCGGAUACAGCAAUUUGUAACAUUUUCUAUAAUUGCAUCAAUGGUGAAGAAAUAGAAAUGACCUGUUCAGGUGGGCUUCACUUUGAUGAAAAAUCGGGAACAUGUGCUUGGCCCGAUGUGGCCGCACGUGUAGGCUGCGGAAGCAAUAGCAACAAAAAAUUGAAUGACGGUUUCCAAUGUCCGAAAGAGACACGAUAUGACAAAAACGGACAAACCAUUGUGCAUCCCAAUUUUCCACAUCCAACCGAUUGCUCUCGCUUUUACUAUUGUCUGAGUGGGGUGGAACCGCGUCAGGGGCAGUGUGAAGCCGGUUUGGUGUACAAUGAAGAAAUUCAGCGUUGCGAUGCACCGGAAAAUGUGCCCGAAUGUAAGGAUUGGUAUAAAGACGAGGACGACAAAAAGGCCCACUAAGGAUACAAAUAUACAGUAAGGUGUGACAGCAUCAUAUGUGCAUACGCGUAUGAAUGGUAGUGCUACGAGCGACAGUGCCAAUUGUUUGGUGAUGAUAUGAUGAAGCUAUAGAGAACAAAGUUGACUUCAAUUGAAAUACCUUUACCUUUUGUAGAAUAUCAAAUUUUGUUUUGAAAAAUAGUUAGUUUAAACAAAAUUUUAUGCAAAUAGCAUGAGC